AUUAGAUCAAGACGCCGUCAGAACCUGCAGGACCCCUGAUACCCGGACCAACACACAGAUACGAGGCCUUCAGGACACUCAGAACCGACCUGCUGCUCCCAGUUUGUCCAGGAUGUGGCUGUUUCUGAUGGUUGUGGCUCUGCUGGAUCACAGCUGGGCUGCUCCGUUACCAGGAAAACAUGGCGGCCUGCAGCUACUCCUUCAAGAUCAGGUCUACGUCACGUUUUCUACCACUCCUGCCGCGCCUCCACAGAAACAAUCAUCCUCCUCUUCGUCCUCUUCAUCGUCAGCCUCCUCCGAGUCAAGCCAGAGUUCAGAGGGUCCUCAACAACUGAGAGAACGACAGAACCUGGAGAACACGGCUGUGGAGCAGGUGGACUCCUCUCAGGAGAGCUCAGAGCGCCUCCAGACUCCCAGUAACACCAGCAGUCUGUGGCUCAAUGAACUGGUUCGACUGGGACAGAGAGUGUUUGAGAGAGAGGGAGACGCCGGAGACGAAGACGCUGGAGACGACAGUGUGGAGAGCAGACACAGGGCGCUGAUGCUGACCUAUCACCACCUCCUCAGCCGACUUCGUCAUAGGGAAACCGGAGCUGUAAGAGCUGUAGGCGGAGCUGCAGGAGAUGUGGGCGGAGCCAGAGAAGAGAAGCUGGACGGCCAGUUUCCUCGACUGUUAGUCAACAACAUAGAGGAAGGAGAUGGGCUGACCUUUGACCUGCCAGGUCUUGGUUCCCAUGGCGAUGAGGCGGAACUGGAGCUGGGGCUGUAGUGGAGGCCACGCCCCCUGUGUGACUGAUAGCUUAUCAAGUAAUCAAUUGUUUAAAUUUCUGUAAUUUGAGUAAUGAUCCGUAGAUUAUAUUGACUGUGUAGCGGAUCAUGUCACUGAAGUUUAUCGUCACGUGUGUUCACAACAUUUUACUCAGUUUAUGCACAAAACCAGAAAAAAACAGUCAACCACCAAACAUGGAAAACUGCAAACGCUUACAGCCCAACAGCGCCACCAAGUGGACAGUAAUUACAUUUAGGUAAAGUUUUUUCUGACACACUUUCUAAUACCAGCAUUACAAAGUUCUGUUCAAAUCAGCGUCGGUAUCUUCAGAAAGUCGAGGCGCUGAAGGAGACCAAUGAGUGAAGGCCACUCCCACCUGACGCUCUGCUGCUCUGCUGCCAGCAGGUCUGCUCUGAUCGGCUCCAGACUCACUUCUAUAAAUGCAGGUGUCCUUGAGGUCACCUGCUACUUUUCACUGAUUGGCUGACAAAAUUCUGGAGGUGUGACUUAUUGAUUCAUUAACCCUGAACUUCUUGGCAGAACUUAUGGAUGUUUCUGCAGCUUCAGGAUGAUUGUUUUUCACAACAGUGUCACCUGUAAAGUGAGCGAAACACAGCUUAAAGAUUAAUUCCACCAAAGGCAAACACAUUAAUAAUUAACUAAAUUGCACGACAGAUUGUUUGUUUAACACAUAAUCCUGGGUUGGUUUUGCAGUGCGCUACCAUUAGCUAAAACAUGACUGAAGAAUAUCAGAGCCAGUCAGUGUGGAAGCUAACGAUACAUUUGCUAGUAAACUGAGGACAUUCGGUACUCACACUGUGACACAUACUACUCCUACCUUCUUUGACCUACAGGGGGCGCUGUGCUAAAACAUCCUUUAACCUAACCACACUGAAGGUUUUAUACUUUACAGUGGCACAGUGUGGCUGAUUAGAAACUUCUGUAGUUGUUGGUACCUGAAGACAAACCUCUUCAGACAAGUCACAGCAGAACAGCGCCUCCAUGUGGUCAGUUAUUGAUUCUCAGCAUCUGAAGUGCUCCGUGGUAACAAAAGGUUGAGAGGACGAUAAGUGCAAAGCCCUGAAAUAUCCUCAGAAACAUCUGGUUCAUAUGGGAAGGAUUUGAAGUUUUUCAAGGUUCUGCUGUCAGACAAAAGACAAAAGAGUGAUUUACAUUUCAUUAUUAUUUAAAGUCUAAAACUAUUGUUGGUCAUAAAACAUGUAUUUAAUCACUAAUAUUUCAUCACCAUGACAUUUUUAGCACUCAAAUCUUCAUCUUGUGUGAAUUUCCAGUUGUGCAGUUUGAAAAAUGUAACUGGGUAACUUAAUAUGAAAAGUCACCUUAUCUACAUAAAAAUUAACCACAUUUAUUAAAUUAAGUGCAUGCAUGGCUUAGUAUUCAAUUAAGACCUGAAUAUAGAUUCAUCUUUAAAAAAAAAUCAGUUUGAUCAUCAAUAAUCUGAAAACAUGUUUAAUGUGUGUAAAAAUAGAAAUGCAAUAUAACAAUAAUUCACUUUUGAUUUAAUCCACGUGUUCAGUUUUACUUCUUGGUGUUGUUUGGUUUGAUUAAAGGCUGGUAUUUUGCUG